AUGGGGUCGUGGCAGGCACGUCCGGACCACCAGCGUCACUAUGAAGAAUUGGCCCAAAAAACGGGAUUUUCCACAGAACAGAUCAAAAAUCUCCACAAAAGAUUUCAACAACUCAGCGGAAAUCAGGAGACUAUAAGCAGAGAAAAUCUGGAGAACAUUCCCGCACUGGCCAACAAUCCCAUCAAGAAGCAAAUAAUUGAUGCCUUCUUUGACAAAAGGAAUCAACAGGACGGUGAGUCGGGCUGCCUGGAGGAGAUCACCUUGGGACACUUCCUGAUGGUCAUGAGUCAUUUUCGUCCCCCCCAGCACAAAAGCAGCGAAGACGAACGCCAUGCCAUCAGGAGGCAGAAGUUACGCUUUUUGUUCAACAUGCACGACACCGACAGCGAUGGCACCAUCACGCUAGCCGAGUACAGGAAGGUUGUGGAGGAGCUGCUAUCCAAAAGCGGUGCCAUUGGGCAUGAGGCAGCCAAGAUCAUCGCCGACGCAGCCAUGUUGGAAGUGGCCAGCACCAACGUACCACACAUGGCACCGGAUGAAUUCUACGAGGGGAUUACCUUCGAGCAUUUUGAGCAGAUUCUGAAUGGACUGGAGAUGGAGUCACGCAUGCACAUCCGCUUUCUGGACGUGGCCACCACCACCAUGCGCUGUGGAAAAGGCAGCUCCUCAUCAACUUAUUAA